AUUUCUGAACGACGAAUCGAACGUUAGUCGCACGCCAUCCAUCUCUUCGACAACGUGUAUCGCGUGUGGUCUCUCGUACACGCAAAUGCAGCAUUCGACAGAUCAUAUUAAAAGAAUUUUAAUAACGUUGGACUUUUCAAUCAAACUCUAUUAGAAAAAGAAACUCGAGUCUUGUUGUAUUUAUUAAAAACGAACCAAAAGUUUUGUUGAAUCUCGAAGUUACUUACUCUUACUUUAUUCACUUACUUUAUAUCAAAGACAUAUCUGAAGAAUGUCGUGCCCAGUGAGUGAUAUUGUGGACGAUCAUAAUAAGGACGAUCAACCACGACAGUUCGAGUUGACACAAGGGCCGGCGUUACAUUACAGCGAAUAUCUGCGUUUAGAUAAGAUCUUGUCCGCACAAAGGCUUCUUAGCGCCGAAUAUAGCGACGAAGUUCAUGACGAACAUCUGUUUAUUGUCACCCAUCAAGCGUACGAACUUUGGUUUAAGCAAAUUAUUUUCGAACUCGAUUCCGUUAGAGCACUCUUCAACUCCGAAUCCAAUGAUUGCAACGUGUCCAACGGAUCUCCCAACGAUCAUUUAAUUACCAAUCGAUCCAAUGGAAUGUUCCACGUCUUGAAUGAAUCGAAAACUCUGGAGAUCUUGAAACGAUUGAAUCGUAUUGUGCUCAUCCUGAAAUUAUUGGUGGAUCAAGUGACUAUUUUGGAAACGAUGACGCCAUUGGACUUCAUGGCGUUUAGAAACUUACUAUGCCCGGCUUCGGGUUUCCAAUCGCUGCAAUUCCGUCUGUUGGAGAACAAACUGGGCGUGAAACAGGAACUCAGGGUCAAAUAUAGUUACCUAAAGAUCUUCGGGAGAGAUCCUGAAGCUAUCGAAGCGAUCAAGCGGUCAGAGGAAGAACCGAGUCUCAAUACUCUGGUUCAGAGCUGGUUGAGCAGAACGCCAGGACUCGAGGCACACGAUUUCGAUUUCUGGGGAAAGUACAAGCGAUCGGUGGAGAAAAUGUUGGCCGAGCAAGAAGAAGCUAUACAUAAAUCAUCAAAAGACUCCGUCAUCAAAGAUCACCUGCUGAUUAAUGUGCGCUCGCGGCAAGCAGUUUUCGAUACCAUUUUCAACGAGUCACUUCACAAUGCUCUUGUGUCACGCGGGGAACGUAGAUUUUCGCAUGCCGCCCUUCAAGGAGCAGUGAUGAUCACUCUAUAUCGAGAUGAACCACGAUUUAGCCAGCCGCAUCAGAUCCUCACGGCAUUAAUGGACAUCGACUCUUUAAUUACCAAAUGGAGGUAUAAUCAUGUUAUCAUGGUACAAAGAAUGAUCGGGUCUCAACAAUUGGGCACUGGUGGUUCCUCCGGCUAUCAAUAUUUGAAGUCCACAUUAAGCGAUAGGUACAAAGUCUUCUUGGAUUUGUUCAAUCUGUCAACCUUCCUAAUACCACGUUUUAUGAUUCCACCGUUAACGAAGCAAAUGAAGACAAAAUUAUCAAUCGCCACAUACGAUUGGAACUCGGAUGAAGAUCAAAAUGAAUCUGCGAAUUCUUUAAGAAGUUCAUAAAUCAGUGUAUGUACGAAUUUCAUAAAACUAUCAAGUUUUAAUUCUUUCAACAUCAUAUAGACUAUACACUCAUUUUGAAACAUAAUAUAAAACAUAAUAAUUAAAUAUUAGACGAAUUAUUGA